AUGCUACGUACUUCGUCUUCCAAAUUCGUGGGACAAAGGCUGUUCACCACUGCUCGAUCCCUCCAGGCUGCUAAACCGGCACCAAAAGGUAAAACUCAAGGGUUUUCCAAAAAAUCAUCCUCUGUGUCGUCUUACUCAUCCGCCAAGAGGAUCACUCCCGGUUCAUUAUAUAAAAACUGGACAGACACCACGCACACUGCUCAAUUACAACAGACGGCCGUCCCUUUGGCAUUACCUAUUUUCAACUUCGAGAACAUUUCCAAGACUUUGAAUAAGGUAGUAUCGUACUCCAACAAACAGUACAAGUCUCUUCAUCACUUGGGUUCCUUCAAAAAAUCUCAAUUCAAUGAACUUUUUCAAAAACCGGUUUGUUUAGUUCGUGAAGAUGCAACGAAUAGGUUUUUGAAGAAACUAGUUUCUCAUCCUGUUAAAAAAUUUAUAAUCACUGGAGAGCCUGGUGUGGGGAAAAGCGUACUGCUCUCCCAAGUUCAUGCGUAUGCAGUUGACUCCAAGCAAAUCAUCAUUAACGUAUCAUAUCCAGAAUUAUUUUUGAACGGUAGGAAUGAUUUUUCUUAUGAUGAUGAUUUAAAACUUUACAUUCAACCAAUGUUUUUGAAGAAGCUUAUAAGAAAAAUAUUGAAGGCCAAUGACCCUGUGCUGUUAAAAUCUAUAGAACUCUCUCAAGACUAUAAGUUCUCGAACGCAAAUCCAAAGAACGCUUCCAUAAAACAAUUCGUCACAUUGAACAAAAAGAAAAACACAGUAUUAGAUUUGUUAUCCGUGAUGACCCACUCGCACAACCGUGGAAAAUUAAUGAAAGCCAUUAUUGAAGAGCUAUCUAUCCAAUCCAAGGUACCAAUCAUGUUUACGGUGGAUAACUUUUCAAAAAUCAUAACUACUGCAUAUUCUGCUUACAGAGAUACACAGAAUAAACAAAUAUAUUCUCUGGAUUUGCAAAUGGGUAAAUUGAUGAUGGAUAUUGUUUCGGGAGAGACGAAGUUUGCUAAUAGUGAUAGUUCCACUAUAUUGGCUAUCUCCGGCGUCGACAGGACAAACAAAACUUUACCCGUGGCAUUGGGCAAGAUCCCUGUAGACCCCUAUGUUACUAGAUACCAUUAUGAACCCAAGUUCGUCGAAUUGCUUCAAAAAGGUAAUAUCACCGAAUUUGAGGUUCCCAAACUGAACAAACAGGAAGUUAACGAAAUGAUCGAAUACUACAAAAAAUCAAAUAUUUUAUUAGACAAGGAUAUCACAGAAAAAAAGUGGGACAACUUAAUUGACGAAAAAUAUUUCCUAAGCGGUAACGGUAACCCAAGAGAAUUAUUGAAGAGUUUGGUCCUUUCCCAUAGAUGA